AUGUAUCUACAAAUAGAGAUUCAUAGUGAAGAUCGUAAUUUUCAAAAAAUUCUAUGGAGAGAUGAUCCUAUGAAACCAGUUAGGGAAUAUCGCUUGUGUGCCAUAACACAUGGUACCGCGCCGGCCAGUUAUUUGGCAACGCGAGUUUUAAAACAAUUAGUCAUCGAUGAAGGAUUGGACUUUCCUAAAGCAGCUAAUUCAGUCUUACAUAAUUUUUACAUAGAUGACGGCUUGUUUGGAGCAGAAAGUGCUGACGAAGCCGUUGCAUUAAAAAAUGAAUUAUGGAAGCAUCAGUUGGCUUGGGAUGAUCCAGUGCCCCAGGAUAUUAAAGAGAAAUGGAUUAAAUAUCGAGUAGAUAUUUCCCAAGUUACGUUAACUGUACCUAGAACAGUUCUUCUGUACUCCCCAUCAGGAUUUGAACUUUAUUGUUUCUGUGAUGCGUCGGAAAAGGCAUACGCUGCAGUUAUACUCGUAUACUUGAAAUCAUCUACCAUAACCACUACACAGAUUAGUGUACUUACAUCCAAAACACGCGUCGCUCCAUUGAAAACAAUAUCAAUACCGCGCCUUGAUCUUUGUUCAGCCGUUUUAUUAGUGCACCUUUUACAAACGGUCCUCAAGUCCUUGACUUUUCAAAUUGACGCAGUACGCGCUUUCAUAGACUCAACUAUAGUUCUUGCUUGGUUGAAAUCUGAGCCAUCACGUUGGCAAAUUUUUGUUGCCAAUCGUGUUUCCGAAAUUCAGUCUAUUCUUCCAGUUCAACAUUGGAAUCAUAUCAGCUCUGGUCAAAACCCUGCUGAUUGCGCUAGUAGAGGACUUCCACCAAAUGAACUAGUUAAUUUUGAUUUAUGGUGGUCAGGUCCGCAAUGGAUGAAUAGUGGCGACAUAUCUCAUUUGGAGGAAAUCUCUCUCUCAACAGACGCUCUCAAAGAAGAAAGCAAAAAGACAUCGUGUUUGAUUGAAACAACUCCUAUUGACUUUCCGAUCAUUUACAAUGUUUCAUCAUAUGUUAAGUUAAAAAGAAUUAUAGCUUGGUGUCUCUGCUUCAUAAUGAACUGUAAAUCUCCGAACAAUCGCAUAAAUGGUUAUUUAACUAGUAGUGAGAUAAAACUAGCUAGAAACGUUUUGGUCAAAAUAGUCCAAAAACAAGAAUUUCUACGCGAAUAUCACCAGCUAAAAAAUAGCAAACCAAUUUCUUAG